UCCGGGGUCGCUCCUCCCUCAAACCCUAGCUGUCCCAGCAAGAACGUUAAUUUCAUAGGCUCAAGCACGCAUUGAUUUCAGUGUUCCAGAUGACUUAAAGGUAAACGGGACACAGUGUAAAACUCCAGGAUAACGACAUAAACUACAAUGGAUAAUUCAACCAAUGACUGCAAAUCAACCAGCAGGAAAAAAGUAGUGGCUGUGGUGGGAGGCGGUUUGGUCGGUGCGUUGAAUGCCUGCUUCUUUGCAAAAAGAGGUUUUCAAGUAGAGGUCUUUGAAUCGCGAGAAGAUAUACGCACUGCCAAAAUAGUAAAGGGAAGAAGCAUCAAUCUAGCUCUGUCUCACAGAGGUCGUCAGGCUUUGAAGCAUGUGGGCAUGGAAGAUACGAUUGUCUCUAAAGGAAUACCCAUGCAUUCCAGAAUGAUCCACUCCUUGAAUGGGACACAGUCCCCCAUUCCUUAUGGGAAGAAAGGCCAGUACAUCCUUUCAGUCGACAGGGCCAACCUCAACAAAGAACUGUUGUCAGCGGCAGAGAUGUAUCCAAACACAAAACUGAACUUCGUCCACAAACUACAUGACUGGAGCACUGAAACAGGGGAGAUGACCUUUGUCAGGGCGAAUGGUGCAAAGAAAGAAAUCAGUGCUGACUUGAUUGUGGGGUGUGAUGGAGCGUUCUCAGCCGUCCGGAAACAGUUCCUCCGCCAGAGUCGUUUCAACUACAGUCAGACAUACAUCCCUCAUGGAUACCUGGAGCUCACCAUGCCCCCCAUCAACGGAGAGUUUGCCAUGAGACCCAAUCACCUGCACAUUUGGCCUCGCAACACGUUCAUGAUGAUUGCUCUACCCAACUUGGACAAGACUUUCACCUGCACCCUGUUCAUGCCUUUUGAUGAGUUUGAAAAAAUCACCACGGGCGACCAGGUCAUUGAGUUCUUCCAGAAAUACUUUCCGGAUGCUGUCCAACUAAUAGGAGUGGAUGCUCUUAAAAGGGAUUAUUUCCGACUGCCGGCUCAGGCCAUGGUGUCCGUGAAGUGUUCCCCGUAUCACCUUGGUGACAAGUGUGUCCUUAUGGGCGACGCGGCCCAUGCCGUGGUUCCGUUCUAUGGACAGGGGAUGAAUGCAGGAUUCGAAGACUGCCUUGUUUUCGAUGAAAUCAUGGACCAGCUCAAUGAAAACUUCAGUGCUGUUCUCCCAGAGUACACUAAAAUCCGAGUCCCAGAUGACCACGCCAUUGCAGACUUGGCCAUGUACAACUACAUAGAAAUGCGGGCUCACGUCAACUCCAAAAGAUUUCUGUUCCAAAAAUAUGUUGUCAGUUUCCUCAACAUGAUCAUGCCAAGGACAAUAAUCCCUUUAUACACCAUGGUUACAUUCACCAGGACAAGGUACCACGAGGCAGUGAAACACUGGCACUGGCAAGAUAAAGUGAUCACUCAAGGCCUGUUUUUCUUGGCUGCGGUGUCUGCCGCGGGAAGCUCCUACUUUCUAGUUCGAUAUCUCCCUACAAUGCCUAACCUAGCCAUUGAGCAGCUGUGGACCAGGGUACAAUCCCUAAAGGGUCCCUUCUGAGGAUUUGUGGGUCAUUCCACUUCAACCAAGAAAAUGUGAUUAAAACCCAAUUCACCUCAAAAUAAAUGGAAAAGGUCAAUGUUCUGUGAUCCGAUUAUGAAUGAUAUGUUGAUAAUGUACUUUUAACAUUGAUGGAACGCUUAGUUGUUUAACAUUUAAGUAAGCUUUGAUUUAAUUUAACAGGCUUUGGGGGGCAUAUUGUGUUGAUGUAUAUUAUUGAAAAGUUAAUUAAACAUUCCAAAUCAUU